GAGAGAGAGAAAGAGGAGGGAGGAGGAGGAAAAGCGGCAGGGAGGCAGCAGCAGCAGACGGAUAGUGAAAGGAUAACCGAGAGGAACGACAGAUCCAGAUCCUGAGCGAGAAGCAGACAGACGUAAAGGGAGGGAUACAGGUUACAUUCUGAUAGUUGAUCCAUGAUAGAAGCCAUGCCGGUCCUCUCAGCAGGUGCAGGGCUGCACGAGACGCUGGCCCUGCUCACCUCUCAGCUGCGUCCUGAUGCCAAUCACAAAGAGGACAUGGUCUUCCUCAGAGACGUCUUCAGUGAGAGGAGCCUGACUUACCUCAUGAAGAUCCACGAGAAGCUGCGUCAGUAUGAAAGGCAGAGCCCCACGCCGGUGCUCCACAGUGCCUCUUCUCUCGCUGAAGAUGUUGCUGAGGAGCUGCAGAGUGGCCCCAUGAGUGUCGAGGAGAAAGAGCUGCUCCACUUGCUGACAUCACCUCACUUACGGGCGCUAUUGUCCGUUCACGACACAGUGGCGCAGAAGAACUUUGACCCCGUGCUGCCUCCGCUUCCUGAUGACUUUGAUGACGAGCUGGAGGAAGAGUCGGUCAAGAUUGUACGUCUGGUCAAGAACAAAGAGCCGCUGGGGGCCACCAUUCGGCGUGAUGAGUCUACAGGAGCCGUCAUUGUAGCACGCAUUAUGAAAGGUGGAGCUGCUGACAGGAGCGGUCUGGUGCAUGUAGGUGACGAACUUAGAGAAGUGAACGGCAUCUCUGUAAUGCACAAGAGGCCAGACGAGAUCAGCCAACUAUUAUCUCAGUCUCAAGGCUCCAUCACAUUAAAGAUCAUCCCUGCCAUUAAAGAGGAGGACAGGCUGAAAGAGAGCAAGGUCUUCAUGCGGGCGCUGUUCGACUAUGUCCCUUUAGAGGACAAGGCCACGCCCUGUCAGGAGGCGGGGCUACCGUUUAAGCGCGGGGACAUCCUGCAGGUUGUGAGUCAGGAUGACCCCACAUGGUGGCAGGCAAAGAGAGUCGGAGACAGCAACCUGCGCGCCGGACUCAUCCCCUCUAAACAGUUCCAGGAGAGGCGGUUGGCCUACAGACACAAAAUGGGCACUUUACCAAAUUCCAAAUCACACAAACAAACUGCAUAUGACCAGGGAUGUGACAAAGUCUCUUCGAAGUGUAAAGCGAUGGUGCCCUCCUGUGGCCAGGUGUUUUCCUGGGACUUUUAUACAGCUGGUUUGCGGAGGAGUUUCCGUCUGAGCCGUAAGGAUCGGCAGAGCUCAUCAGGGGAGGCCAACGCAUCUGACCCCACUGAGCCUGAGCUGCUCACCUACGAGGAAGUGACACGAUACCAACAACGGCCCAAUGAGAGACCUCGACUAGUGGUGCUGAUCGGGUCUCUCGGAGCACGAAUUAAUGAGCUGAAGCAGAAAGUAAUAGCAGAAAACCCCCAUCGCUAUGCUGUGGCUGUACCCCACACGACACGGCCCAGGAAGAGCCAUGAGAAGGAGGGGGUCGAGUACCACUUUGUCUCCAAGCAGGCCUUCGAAGCUGACGCUCAAAACAACAAGUUUAUCGAGUAUGGAGAGUAUAAGGACAACCAGUACGGCACAAGUAUAGAGGCCAUCCGCUCUGUCCAAGCCAAGAACAAGAUGUGUCUGGUGGACGUGCAGCCUGAGGCAUUACACACCCUGAGGACUGCUGAGUUUAAGCCUUACGUCAUCUUUGUGAAACCGCGGAUCCCUGAGGGUCGUAGACGUCGCAGUGCGUCUUCGCCUGCAGCAGGAGAGCACGGGAGACUCACAGAGGAGGAUCUGCAGGAGAUGCGUCAGUCUGCGCAGCAGAUUGAGCAGGAGUACGGUCACCUGGUGGAUCGGGUCCUGAUUAAGGAGGACACUGCGAGUGCCUGUGCAGAACUACGCAUCAUCCUCGAGCGCCUGGAGAGGGAGGCCUUCUGGCUGCCAGUCAGCUGGGUCAGGAACUAAAAACCAUCCAUCAUCCCAAAGCAGGACAAAAUAGGACACUGGACGUCUCUCCUUCACUACAGGACAUAACUGAGGUCUGUCUGGACGAUGGACGAUGAGGAAAGACAGACAACUCCAGAACUCAGACGGACUCGUCCUGAAGGAGAGGAAUAAAAGUGAUGAUCCAUCAAAGUUUAAUAGUCUUGGGGCAUUAAAAAAAAAAAUCUGAGAAUCUUCUGUACACCGAUAUGCAUACACAGUAUGAACAAUGAUUAUACAUAUGCACCAUGGCUGCUUCUUUUUGAAUUCUGUUUAUAGACAUGCGUUUAUUUAAAUCAUGUAAAUUAUUUUAUUAACCAGUUUUGGAAUUUUAUUUAAAGACUCAUGCACUGUGUCCAGAAAUAUUACAUACUGCACACCUAAAUGUAGAUUAUAUUAUUUCCCCGGCUUAUUUAGCAAUGCGUUUAUAGUGACUGCUAAACCUGAAAUGUUACAACCAAACACCCCGACAAGCUCCAACCUCUGACCUUUAACGUUGAUUUGGAAAAAGAAAAAAAAAAUCAAAAGGCAACAUUUCUUCUUGUCCAUCUUAGAGCAAUUUCAGUGAAAUACAUUCAGUACCCAUUUAAGUGAUGUGAUACAUGUUAUAAAUAUGUAUUGUAGAUGCAUCUUAAUAUGAUGUGUCAAAAUAUCUAAGGGAUAAUUGUUAACUCACGGUGGAGUGCAAAAGUUUGCACACCUAUAUACAUGGAUAAAAUGAAGAUAUUAGGUUUGUUAGGUUUCAUAGCUGUGAAAACAUUAUCACAAGUAACAAAAAAUGGUCAAAUUGUGUAUAUUAAGUUAUUAAUAGUGGACAAAUUAAACAAAUGAGAAACACUGAAUGUGAUAUAUAGUAAAUGUUCUCUAAUACCUCAUAACUGCCUGAAAUGUUUAAUUUCUCCACCUAGAAACCAUAGGGGAUGUAAACUUUUGCACUCAGUAGUGCGAUGUAAAGUGUUUCACCUUCAUCAGCCAUCUUUUUAAAAUUGACCAACUACCUGAGUAACUGGAAUUAUACAGUUGAUUAAUGUUGAUUAAUGUCCAGGAAUUUUUAACGUAUUAACCACGGGUUUCCUGCAGCAUAUUAAACACAUGUUCUGAGCAGAAGGAUUGUGGCUUGUUGGAUCAAAAUGCCUACACAACCACUCAACAGUAGCAUCUGAGUUGGGUUUCAAUGCAAUAAAACAUUUUACAGCUUG